AUGUCAUCGCCGUCGAUUUCAUUUUACACAAAUCUAUCUCGUCAAAUUACUACUUAUUUCGGUUCUACUGUUCUUGUAGUCGGUGUUCUCGGUGGAAUUCUGAAUCUCAUCGUCUUUUUAAGUCUCCGAACGUUUCGAGAGAAUUCUUGUGCAUUCUAUUUAAGUUUUAUGUCAUUUGCCAAUCUAAUCCAUUUACUCGCAUCGUUGUCCGGACAUAUCAUAAUCUUCGGAUUCGGAUAUGAUUGGACAGUGAUUACAGCAUUUCUUUGCAAAUCCCGAGUUGCCCAUAUACAAUUAUGGUUAUUAACAUCAUUUACAUGUGUAUGCUUCGCAAUAAUCGAUCAAUUUCUAAGCACCUCUUUCAAUCCUCGUUGGCAUCGAUGGUGUAAUAUAAAACUAGCUCGCUAUGCCAUCGCAGCAACUAUUAUAUUUUGGUCUAUUCAUGCAAUUCCAUUUGUAAUCUAUUACAAUAUAGUUACCUCACCACUUUAUCCGAAUCAACCGGUGUGCAUAAUAACGAAUGGAAUUGUUCAAGCAUAUUCCAGUUUUGGUUAUGCACUUGUUCUAAUGGGUAUACUGCCAUUGACUAUAAUGACCGUAUUUGGUAUAUUAGCGUAUUACAAUAUACAAAAUCUAGCUUAUCGAACAGUUCCAUUAGUUCGACGAGAAUUAGAUAAACAAUUAACACAUAUGGUGUUGAUUCAACUGAUUUAUAACUUCUUCGUCUUGUCACCAUACGUAGUCGCCAGUAUUACAUUGUUUUACUUACCAAACGAUGACCUGGCUAAAUGUCUGAAAGUUUUAUCUGUAGGUUUGCACAAUUGCUACUUUGCAAGUCCUUUUUACAUAUAUGUUUGCGUAUCGAAACGGUUCCGUCAACAAUUCAAGCAUGUUGUUUGUAUCAUACAUGUCAGUCGCUGGAGGCGAGGCAAUCUGAUACAAAAUCAAGUUUUACCCGAACUACCGAAAACAUCAUCUCUCUGA